CGACGGGGACUCCUACGGGGGGAGAAGAAGCAGAGUAGAGUCCAAGUCCCCUCCUCUGCUGCCCCCUCCCUGCACUGCUCCCUCGCAACCCGAGCCGGGGGGCCUAAAAAUAGCCCCCGAGGCGCAACCGCGGCCGCCCUGGUGACCUUCUGGGUAGCACAGGCCGAAGGCGGGCGGGCGGCAGGAAGGCAAGGCGCCGGCCCCCCAGGACUCAUCUCCCAGGGCAACAUCCCCCUGGUGCCCCCGUGGCCGUCCAGUUCCGGCGUCUCCCCAGCUCAACUCGAAGAGGCCAUGCAGAAAGCCCGGGGCACGCGAGGCGAGGACGCGGGCACGAGGGCACCCCCCAGCCCCGGGGUGCCCCCGAAGAGGGCCAAAGUGGGGGCCGGCGGAGGGGCGGCGGUCGCGGUGGCCGGGGCGCCGGUCUUCCUGCGGCCCCUGAAGGACGCGGCGGUGUCUGCGGGCAGCGACGUGCGGCUGCGGGUGGUGGUGAGCGGGACGCCCCAGCCCAGCCUCAGCUGGUUCCGGGAUGGGCAGCGCUUGCCCCCGCCGGCCCCUGAGCCCAGCUGCCUGUGGCUGCGAAGCUGCGGGCCGCGGGAUGCCGGCGUGUAUAGCUGCAGGGCCCAGAACGAGCGGGGCCAGGCCUCCUGCGAGGCGGUUCUCACCGUGCUGGAGGUCGGAGAAAACCGGCCACUCCCGCCGGGCCUUUGGCCGACUCACCCAUGCGAAGUUUUCCGCUCCUGCAGAAAGCAAAGUUACGACUCGGAGACAGGCGAGGAUGACAUCAGCGACGGGCAGGGGACCCAGCGCCUGGAGCUUCGGGAUGAUGGGGCCUUCAGCACCCCCACGGGGGGCUCUGAUACCCUGGUGGGCACCUCCCUGGACACGCCCCCGACCUCCAUGACAGGCACCUCAGAGGAGCAAGUGAGCUGGUGGGGCAGCGGGCAGACGGUCCUGGAGCAGGAAGCGGGCAGCAGGGCUGGCACCCGCCGCCUCCCGGGCAGCCCAAGGCAAGCACAGGCAACCGGGGCCGGGCCACGGCACCUGGGGGUGGAGCCGCUGGUACGGGCGUCUCGAGCUAAUCUGGUGGGCGCAAGCUGGGGGUCAGAGGAUAGCCUUUCGGUGGCCAGUGACCUGUACGGCAGCGCAUUCAGCCUGUACAGAGGACGGGCGCUCUCGAUCCACGUCACUGUCCCUCAGAGCGGACUGCACAAGGAGGAACCUGACCUUCAGCCUCAGCCCGCCAGCGAAGCCCCCCGUCGCCCAGCCCUGCCGCCCCCCUCCAAAUCCGCGCUGCUGCCCCCACCGUCCCCUCGGGUGGGUAAGCGGCCCCCGCCGGGAUCCGGCGGCCAGCCCCUGGCCACCCCCACGCCGCCGCACCGGCGCUCUCGGGAGCCGGUGCCGCCCGAGGACGCCACCGCCGAAGAGAAGCGAGGGAAAAAGUCCAAGUCGUCCGGGCCCUCGCUAGCGGGCACGGCGGAGUCCCGGCCUCAGACGCCCCUGAGUGAGGCCUCGGGCCGCCAGUCGGCGCUGGGCCGCUCCCCGAGGCUGGUGCGCGCUGGCUCCCGCAUCCUGGACAAGCUGCAGUUCUUCGAGGAGCGCCGGCGCAGCCUGGAGCGCAGCGACUCGCCGCCGGCGCCCCUGCGGCCCUGGGUGCCCCUGCGCAAGGCCCGUUCGCUGGAGCAGCCCAAGUCCGAGGGCGGCGGGCCGUGGGGCACGCCCAGGGCCUCGCAAGAGGAGCUGCGGUCCCCGGCGGGCAGCGUGGCCGAGCGGCGCCGCCUAUUCCAGCAGAAGGCGGCCUCGCUGGACGAGCGCACGCGUCAGCGCAGCUCUGCGUCCGACCUCGAGCUGCGCUUCGCCCAGGAGCUGGGCCGCAUCCGCCGCUCCACGUCGCGGGAGGAGCUGGUGCGCUCUCACGAGUCCCUGCGCGCCACGCUGCAGCGCGCCCCGUCCCCCCGAGAGCCCGGCGAGCUGCCGCUCUUCUCCCAGCCCUCCACCCCCAAGACCCCGCGGGCCUUGAGCCCCGCCGCCGCCCAGCCGCCCCCUGCGAGCGUCGCGGAAAAGCCCGGGGAUGAGCCAGGGAGGCCCCGGGGCCGUGGGCCAGCGGGCAGGACGGAGCCGGGGGAAGGCCCGCAGCAGGAGGUUAGGCGCCGGGACCAGUUCCCGCUGACCCGGAGCAGAGCCAUCCAGGAGUGCCGGAGCCCGGUGCCGCCCCCCACCUCCGAGCCCCCCGAGACCAGGACGAAAGCUCCCCCGGGUCGGAAACGGGAGCCCCCGCCGCAGGCCGUGCGCUUCCUGCCCUGGGCCACGCCGGGCCAGGAGGGCGCUGCUGUGCCCCAGACCUUGGAGAAGAAUAGGGCGGGACCCGAGGCCGAGAAGAGGCUGCGCCGAGGGCCAGAGGAGGACGGUCCUUGGGGGGCCUGGGACCGCCGAGGGGCCCGCAGCCAGGGCAGAGGUCGCCGGGCGCGGCCCACCUCGCCUGAGCUCGAGUCUUCGGAUGACUCCUAUGUGUCUGCUGGAGAAGAGCCCCUGGAGGCCCCUGUGUUUGAGAUCCCCCUGCAAAAUGCAGUGGUGGCCCCAGGGGUGGAUGUGCUGCUCAAGUGUAUUGUCACCGCCAACCCCCCGCCCCAAGUGUCCUGGCAGAAGGAUGGGUCCCCGCUGCGCAGUGAUGGCCGCCUUCUCAUCCGGGCAGAAGGCGAGCGGCACACCCUGCUGCUCCGGGAGGCCCGGGCCGCCGAUGCCGGGAGCUAUGCAGCCACUGCCACCAACGAGCUGGGCCAGGCCCGCUGCGCUGCCACGCUGGCCGUGAGACCUGGUGGGUCAACAUCUCCUUUCAGCAGUCCUAUCACCUCUGAUGAGGAGUAUCUGAGCCCCCCAGAGGAGUUCCCGGAACCCGGGGAGACCUGGCCCCGAGCCCCCACCAUGAAGCUCAGUCCUGGCCAGAAUCGCCGUUCCUCGGACACUGGCUCCAAGGCGCCCCCUACUUUCAAGGUCUCACUUAUGGACCAGUCAGUAAGGGAAGGCCAAGAUGUCACCAUGAGCAUCCGUGUGCAGGGCGAACCCAAGCCGGUGGUCUCCUGGCUGAGAAACCGUCAGCCUGUGCGCCCAGACCAGCGGCGCUUUGCUGAGGAGGCAGAGGAUGGGCUCUGCCGGCUUCGGAUCCUGGCUGCCGAGCGGGGCGACGCUGGCUUCUACACCUGCAAGGCGGUUAACGAGUAUGGCGCUCGACAGUGCGAGGCGCGCCUGGAGGUCAGAGCACACCCUGAAAGCCGGUCCCUGGCCGUGCUGGCCCCUCUGCAGGACGUGGACGUGGGGGCCGGGGAGAUGGCGCUGUUUGAGUGCCUGGUGGCGGGUCCCACCGACGUGGAGGUAGACUGGCUGUGCCGAGGCCGCCUGCUGCAGCCUGCACUACUCAAAUGCAAGAUGCAUUUCGAUGGCCGCAAAUGCAAGCUGCUGCUCACCUCUGUGCAUGAGGACGACAGCGGCGUCUACACCUGCAAGCUCAGCACAGCCAAAGAUGAACUGACCUGCAGUGCCCGGCUGACCGUGCGGCCCUCGCUGGCACCUCUGUUCACGCGGCUGCUGGAGGACGUGGAAGUGCUGGAGGGCCGCGCUGCCCGCUUCGACUGCAAGAUCAGCGGGAGCCCGCCCCCCUCCAUUACCUGGACUCACUUUGGCCACCCCGUGGAGGAGAGCGAGAACGUGCGGCUGCGGCAGGAUGGGGGCCUGCAUUCGCUGCACAUCGCGCACGUGGGCAGUGAGGAUGAGGGGCUCUACGCGGUCAGUGCUGCCAACACCCACGGCCAGGCCCACUGCUCAGCCCAGCUUUACGUGGAGGAGCCUCGGACAGCUGCCACUGGCCCUAGCUCCAAGCUGGAGAAGAUGCCCUCCAUCCCCGAGGAGCCUGAGCAGGGUGAGCUGGAGCGGCUGUCCAUGCCCGACUUCCUGCGGCCGCUGCAGGAUCUGGACGUGGGACUGGCCAAGGAGGCCAUGCUGGAGUGCCAGGUGACCGGCCUGCCCUACCCCACCAUCAGCUGGUUCCACAACGGCCACCGCAUCCAGAGCAGCGACGACCGACGCAUGACGCAGUACAGGGAUGUCCAUCGCUUGGUGUUCCCUGCCGUGGGACCUCAGCAUGCUGGCGUCUACAAGAGCGUCAUUGCUAACAAGCUGGGCAAAGCCGCCUGCUAUGCUCAUCUCUACGUCACAGAUGUGGUUCCGGGCCCCCCAGAUGGCGCCCCUCAGGUAGUGGCUGUGACCGGGAGGAUGAUCACGCUUGCAUGGAACCCCCCCAGGAGUCUGGACAUGGCUAUCGACCCAGAUGCCCUGACCUACACCGUGCAGCACCAGGUGCUGGGCUCAGACCAGUGGACGGCGCUGGUCACGGGCCUGCGGCAGCCCGGGUGGGCAGCCACCGGAUUGCGAAAGGGGGUCCAGCACGUCUUCCGGGUUCUCAGCACCACCAUCAAGAGCAGCAGCAAGCCCUCGCCCCCGUCCGAGCCCACGCAGCUGCUGGAGCGUGGCCCGCCCCUGGAGGAGGCGCCCGCUGUGCUGGACAAGCCAGACGUCGUGUAUGUGGUGGAGGGCCAGCCCGCCAGUGUCACCGUCACCUUCAACCACGUGGAGGCCCAGGUCGUCUGGAGGAGCUGCCGAGGAGCCCUCCUAGAGGCCCGGCCAGGUGUGUACGAGCUGAGCCAGCCGGAUGACGACCAGUACUCUCUUCGGAUCUGCCGGGUGAGCCGCCGGGACCUGGGAGCCCUCACUUGCACUGCCCGCAACCGCCACGGCACACAGGCCUGCUCAGUCACCCUGGAGCUGGCAGAGGCCCCUCGGUUUGAGUCCAUCAUGGAGGAUGUGGAGGUGGGGGCUGGAGAGACCGCUCGCUUCGCCGUGGUAGUGGACGGGAAGCCCUUGCCGGACAUCAUGUGGUACAAGGAUGAGGCGCUGCUGACCGAGAGCAACCAUGUGAGCUUCGUGUACGAGGAGAACGAGUGCUCCCUGGUGGUGCUCAGCGCGGGGGCCCAGGAUGGAGGGGUCUACACCUGCACGGCCCGUAACCUGGCUGGCGAAGUCUCCUGCAAGGCAGAGCUGGCUGUGCACUCAGCUCAGACAGCUAUGGAGGUGGAAGGGAUUGGAGAAGACGAGGAGCAGCGAGGAAGGAGGCUCAGCGACUUCUAUGACAUUCAGCAGGAGAUCGGCAGGGGUGCCUUCUCCUACCUGCGUCGUGUAGUGGAGAGGAGCUCCGGACUGGAGUUUGCAGCCAAGUUCAUCCCCAGCCAGGCCAAGCCAAAGGCAUCGGCGUGGCGGGAGGCACGGCUGCUGGCCCGGCUCCAGCAUGACUGCAUCCUCUACUUCCAUGAGGCCUUCGAGAGGCGCCGGGGACUGGUCAUCGUCACCGAGCUGUAUCCUGGGACAGGCUGGGCGGGACAUAGCUGCACAGAAGAGCUUCUGGAGCGAAUGGCCAGGAAACCCACCGUGUGUGAGUCUGAGAUCCGGGCCUACAUGCGGCAGGUGCUAGAAGGAAUAUGCUACUUGCACGAGAACCACGUGCUGCACCUGGAUGUCAAGCCCGAGAACCUGUUGGUGUGGGAUGGUGUUGAGGGUGAGGAGCAGGUGAGGAUCUGUGACUUUGGGAACGCUCAAGAGCUGACACCGGGAGAGCCCCAGUAUUGCCAAUAUGGCACACCUGAGUUCGUGGCGCCCGAGAUUGUCAACCAGACCCCCGUGUCUGGAGUCACUGACAUCUGGCCCGUGGGUGUCGUUGCCUUCCUCUGCCUGACCGGAAUCUCCCCGUUCGUUGGGGAAAAUGAUCGGACGACAUUGAUGAACAUCCGAAACUACAACGUGGCCUUCGAGGAGACCACGUUCCUGAGCCUGAGCAGGGAGGCCCGGGGCUUCCUCAUCAAAGUGCUGGUGCGGGACCGGCUGAGGCCUACUGCAGAGGAGACCCUGGAACAUCCUUGGUUUAAAGCACAGGCAAAGGGUGCAGAGGUGAGCACGGAUCACCUAAAGCUAUUCCUCUCCCGGCGGAGGUGGCAGCGCUCCCAGAUCAGCUACAAGUGCCACCUGGUGCUGCGCCCCAUCCCGGAGCUACUGCGGGCACCCCCGGAACGGGUGUGGGUGGCCGUGCCCCGAAGACCACCCCCUAGUGGAGGGCUGUCGUCAUCAUCCGACUCUGAAGAGGAAGAGCUGGAGGAGCUGCCCUCUGUGCCCCGACCUCUGCAGCCUGAGUUUUCGGGCUCCCGGGUGUCCCUCACUGACAUUCCCACUGAGGAUGAGGCCCUCGGGGCCCCGGAGGCUGGGGCGGCCACCCCCAUGGACUGGCAGGAACAAGGAAAGGCCCCCUCUCAGGACCAGGAGGCCCCCAGCCCUCAGGCACUCCCCUCCCCAGGCCAGGAGUCCCCGUCCGGGCCCAGCCCCCGGCGGGCAGAGCUCCGCAGGGGCAGCUCGGCUGAGAGCGCCCUGCCCCGGGCCGGGCCGAGGGAACCGGGCCGGGGCCUGCACAAGGCAGCGUCCGUCGAGCUGCCGCAGCGCCGAAGCCCCAGCCCGGGGGCCACCCGCCUGACUCGAGGAGGCCUGGGUGAGGGCGAGUAUGCCCAGAGGCUGCAGGCCCUGCGCCAGCGGCUGCUGAGGGGUGGCCCCGAUGAUGGCAAGGUCAGCGGCCUCAGGGGCCCCCUGCUGGAGAGCCUGGGGGGCCGGGCUCGUGACCCCCUGCUGGCGCGGGCGGCCUCCAGCGAGGCAGCACCCCACCACCAGCACCCACCUGAGGCUCGGGGCCUGCAGAAGAGCAGUAGCUUCUCGCAGGGUGAGGCAGAGCCCCGGGGCCGGCACCGCCGAGCAGGGGCACCCCUUGAGAUCCCCGUGGCCCGGCUGGGGGCCCGCAAGCUGCAGGAGUCUCCCUCCUUGUCCGCCCUCAGCGAGGCCCAACCACCUAGCCCCGUGCGGCCCAGUGCAGCCAAGCCCAGCACCCCUAAGGCUUCAGAACCUCCUGUGGGCACCCCCAGUGAGGCUGCACAGCUUCCAGCACCCCAGCCUGCCCGAGAGAAGGCCCCAGAAUCUACGCCAGAACCAGCUCGAGCCCCAAAGCCCACACAGCCCCCGACAGCUCUGCAGACCCUAGCGCCUCCGCUCACUCCGUAUGCGCAGAUCAUGCAGUCGCUCCAGCUGCCAGGCCAGGCGCAAGGCCCGCCACAGGGCGCAGUCGUAUCUCCUACAUCUCGGUCUCCAGGAUCUCGGUUGGAACCCAAGCCCCACCCAGCUGUGUUCUCCAGGGUGGCCUCCCCACCUCCGGGAGCCUCCGAGAAGCGCCUGCUGCUGGGAGCCGGAGCAACCUCAGGGCCAGCCGAAAAAGCCCGGGUCCCGGCGGUCCCCCGCAGGCCAGGGAGCAGUCUCAGCAGCAGCAUUGAGAACCUGGAGUCGGAAGCCGUGUUCGAGGCCAAGUUCAAGCGCAGCCGGGAGUCGCCCCUGUCGCGGGGGCUGCGGCUGCUGAGCCGCUCACGGUCGGAGGAGCGCGGCCCCUUCCGCGGGGCUGAGGAGGAGGACGGCAUUUACCGGCCCAGCCCGGCGGGCACGCCGCUGGAGCUGGUGCGACGGCCCGAGCGCUCGCGCUCCGUGCAGGACCUCAGGGCGGUCGGGGAGCCGGGCCUCGUGCGCCGCCUCUCGCUGUCGCUGUCCCAGCGUCUGCGGCGGACCCCGCCCGCGCAGCGCCACCCGACCUGGGAGCCCCGCGGCGGGGACGGCGAGAGCUCGGAGGGCGGCAGCUCGGCGCGGGGCUCCCCGGUGCUGACGGUGCGCCGGAGGCUCAGCUCCACGCUGGAGCGGCUGUCGAGCCGGUUGCAGCGCAGCGGCAGCAGCGAGGACUCGGGGGGCGCGUCGGGCCGCAGCACGCCGCUGUUCGGCCGGCUGCGCAGGGCCACGUCCGAGGGCGAGAGUCUGCGGCGCCUGGACCUCGCGCAAAAUCAGCUGGCGGCCCAAGCCGGCGCCGCCACGCCUUCCGCGGAGUCCCUGGGCUCCGAGGCCAGCGCUACGUCGGGCUCCUCUGCUCCUGCAGAAAGUCGAAGCCGCCUGCGCUGGGGCCUCUCUCGGCUGCGGAAGGACAAGGGGUUGUCACAGCCUAACCUCUCUGGCAGUGUCCAGGAGGAUUUGGGUCACCAGUAUGUGCGCAGUGAGUCAGACUUUCCCCCAGUCUUCCACAUCAAACUCAAGGACCAGGUGCUGCUGGAGGGAGAGGCAGCCACCCUGCUCUGCUUGCCGGCAGCCUGCCCUGCACCCCACAUCUCCUGGAUGAAAGACAAGCAGUCCCUGCGGUCAGAGCCCUCGGUGAUCAUCGUGUCCUGCAAAGAUGGUCGUCAGCUACUGAGCAUCCCCCGGGCGGGCAAGCGGCAUGCGGGGCUCUACGAGUGCUCUGCCACCAACGUCCUUGGCAGCAUCACCAGCUCCUGUACCGUGGCUGUGGCUCGUACCCCAGGAAAGCUAGCUCCUCCCGAGGUGCCCCAGACCUACCAGGACACAGCACUGGUGCUCUGGAAGCCGGGAGACAGCAAGGCGCCUUGCACAUACACGCUGGAGCAGCGGGUGGAUGGGGAGUCUUCCUGGCACCCCGUGAGCUCAGGCAUCCCCGACUGCUACUACAAUGUGACCCACCUACCAGUCGGCUUGACUGUGAGGUUCCGUGUGGCCUGUGCCAACCGUGCUGGGCAAGGGCCUUUCAGCAACCCUUCUGAGAAGGUCCUCGUCAGGGGAGUGCAAGAUUCCUCAGCUCUGCCAUCUGCUGCUCACAGAGAUGCCCCUGUUACCUCAGGGCCAGCCAGGGCCCCGCCUCCUGAUGCUCCUACCUCACUGGCCCCUCCACUGAGCCCCUCCCCAGCUCCUGCUCCCCCAGGCCCCCAGGCAGCCCCUCUCGGCCCUUCAUCUUCCCCAGCACCCCCCAGCCAGGCCUUGUCCUCCCUCAAGGCUGUGGGUCCACCACCCCAAACCCCCCCACGAAAGCACCGGGGCCUACAGGCUGCCCAGCAAGUAGAACCUACCCCACCCAGUGCCCAGGACUCCCCAAGUGAGCCCAAGUCUUCCGUCCCUGACACUGGGACCCCCAUCCCAGCCUCUGCCCCUCAAGUGGUAAAAACAGCCUCUUCCUCAAUGCCCCUGUAUAUGGUGACCUCCUUUGUGUCUGCACCACCAGCCCCUGAGCCCCCAGCCCCUGAGCCCCCUCCUGAGCCCACCAAAGUGACUGUGCGGAGCCUCAGCCCAGCCAAGGAGGUGGUUGGCUCCCCUGGGGGUGGUCCCCCCAGGGCUCCUAAGCCAGAGGGCACCACUCUUCGACAGGGCCCCCCUCAGAAACCAUACACCUUCCUGGAGGAGAAGGCCAGGGGUCGCUUUGGUGUGGUGCGUGCCUGCCGGGAGAAUGCCACCGGGCGAACAUUCGUGGCCAAGAUUGUGCCAUACGCGGCUGAGGGCAAGCGGCGGGUCCUGCAGGAGUACGAGGUGCUGAGGACCCUGCACCACGAGCGGCUCAUGGCCCUGCACGAAGCCUACAUCACCCCGCGCUACCUCGUGCUCAUCGCCGAGAGCUGCGGCAACCGGGAGCUUCUCUGUGGGCUCAGCGACAGAUUCCGGUAUUCAGAGGAUGAUGUGGCCACCUAUGUGGUGCAGCUGCUACAAGGCCUGGACUACCUCCAUGGCCGCCACGUGCUGCACCUGGACAUCAAGCCAGACAACCUGCUGCUGGCCCCUGACAACGCCCUCAAGAUCGUGGACUUUGGCAGUGCCCAGCCCUACAACCCCCAGGCUCUGCGGCCCCUGGGUCACCGCACGGGCACACUGGAGUUCAUGGCUCCUGAGAUGGUAAAGGGAGACCCCAUCGGCUCUGCCACGGACAUCUGGGGAGCGGGUGUGCUCACUUACAUCAUGCUCAGUGGACGCUCCCCAUUCUAUGAGCCAGACCCCCAGGAAACAGAGGCUCGCAUUGUGGGGGGCCGCUUUGAUGCCUUCCAGCUGUAUCCCAACACAUCCCAGAGUGCCACCCUCUUCUUGCGAAAGGUCCUCUCAGUACAUCCCUGGAGCCGGCCCUCCGUGCAGGACUGCCUGGCUCACCCGUGGCUGCAGGAUGCCUACCUGAUGAAACUGCGCCGCCAGACACUCACCUUCACCACCAACCGGCUCAAGGAGUUCCUGGGCGAGCAGCGGCGCCGCAGGGCCGAGGCCGCCACCCGCCACAAGGUGCUGCUCCGCUCUUACCCAGGCAGCCCCUAGCGCCUCGGACCACAGCCCGGCCUCGCGGGCUUCGACUCGGGGUUCCCGCUGACGCCCCGGGACAUUCCAGGGCCCCCGUGGAGCCGGGUGGGCCCGGGGGGCUUCGGACACCACCAGCACCAACAUCCGGCCGGGCUAUUACCUCAUGGACCUGUGGGGACAGAGACCCUGGGCUUCGGCCAAUGCCACCCAGCUGGAGCCAGAGCGGGAGACCCAUGGGCCAGGCUGGGUGGGGUCAGGAUCAGGUCAAGAGGGACAAGGAGGGAAUGGGCAAGUGAGGAAAAGAAGCCGAGGCAUAGGGAGGGGGAGACUCUAUGGAGGUUCAGGGGGAGGGAGACUGAGCAUCUGGGGGAGAACCAACCCAAGAGGGUGUGAAUGAAUGGAGAGGAGGAAAUGGGGGAAGCCCAGGGUGUCUACAGGCCAGGGGCUGGGAGUGUCACUGAAGCAGGGACAGGACGUGGAGACAGUGCCAGAGAGCCAGAGGCAGUAGGUGAGAGAGGGCAGUGAGGUGGGAGAGGGAGAGGAGAGAGGACUCAGGUGGGGGCGCGCGGCCAGCUGCCAGCCUCCCCAGAAGGAGAAGCGUGGAGGGCUGAAGGCUGGAGGUGGGGUCUCAAGCCAGCAGCGCUUUCCUCCUACCCCGGUGAAUGCAGCGCUGGGCCCUCUGUGCUGGCCCGAGGAUGUCCCCACCGCCUCUCUGUGGCCUUCACCCUCCUUCUCAUUCAUAUUUAUUUAUUUAUUGACUUUUAUGAAGUCUCCCUGCCAUCCAAUCCCUCUUGCCUGUUGUCCUGACCAUCCCCACCCCACCCCCAGCCAUCCAGCUGUCUGUGCAGCUGUCUGUCUGUCUGUCACAAGGAAAAUAAAAACAGCAAGCAGCAGGA